GUUAAAAUCCAGGACAUGGCGAGCAUCAUUAGACAUCAUCAAUUGACUGUUGUACCUUUAGACAACAACAUUGAUACACUAGAACCCAAAUUGCCUCUCUUGAAGCGGCUCAUUAACCGAAACACUGUUGACAUACUGGUAGCCCACCUGUAUGGUCGACAGGUCAACAUGGAUCCUUUCAUAAGUGUAGCCAGAUAUUACAACCUUGACAUCAUUGAGGAUUGUGCUGAAAGUUUUUCUGGGUUUGUGCACAUUGGUCAUCCUGAUUCAGAUCUCGCCUUAUUCAGCUUUGGUGUUAUCAAGUUCUCCACCUCUUUUGGUGGCAACAUCAUCAAGGUUAGAGAGGAAGAGCUCUAUCGUCAAAUGCAUGAACUUUACUUAAAAUACCCUAUUCAAAGCAAUGCAACAUAUUUAAAGAAAUUAUUGAAGUAUUUCCCCUUGUAUACAACAUUGCAAGUCUGGCCAUUCCCUCAACUGAUGCAGAAAUCAAGAGAGAUGGGUAUGGAUUGGAAAGCCACUUUUGUCUGCUUCCUUAGAGGUUUCCCCAAUGACCUUAUAAAUAAUGUUAGGUACAGGCCUAGUUCUGCCCUCCUUUCUGUUAUGGCCGGUGUUCAGACAUCAUUUAACCCAGCCAGCUUUGAUCUGCAGCGCAUUAAGUGCAGCUACUUUCAGUCAAACUUGACCACUUCUUUAAAAGUAAUCGGCACCAAAACCAAGAUAAACAAUUUCUGGUUAUUUCCUGUCGUUGUGGUGAGUCUUUUAUUCCAAUUUUCAUGUGUAUGAAUGUUUCCAUCUCUGUUAAAUGUUUUUUAAAUUUUUUUUAUAACACUAUCAUAUAGUUUUUGUAAACUUAAGGAAGUAAUAAGAUCAACUAGUAACUAGUAUCUCGCCUUUUCUAAAUGUAACUUAUUUUACAAAGGAAAAUCCUGAGUUGUUCGUAAGAUGUCUUGGAGCUUUAGGUGUAGAUGCAUACAGAGGGGCCACCCAACUCAAUGUCAUAGAACCAGAUCAGGUUGACCUGCCCUCUCAGCCAAAUAUUGUCGGCGAGAUUGUCCCCCCUGAAGAUCGUUAUCCCCUCAAUGCCAGGUAUUUAAUAGAUCAUGUUGUGUACAUGCCCGUCAACAAGUUUGUUCCCUUCCAUGUCAUUGACCACAUGGCAAAAGUUUGUAAAUUGGUUAUGUUGGCCAUGUCCAGCCCACCGAAGCAAGCCUUUGAUCUGUGCCGGUCACUAACCAAAUCAAAGGGGAUGUCGUUGGUCAAAUCUAAAUUGUAG